AUGGGCAACUGUAAUGCUCGUCCGGCUACUUUCAAGCCAAAAAAUCUUCCAAUGGAAUACCCAAAAAAGUAUGCAAUGUAUCCUACUCGUCGUCGUAUGAGAGCUUCUGAAAGAAGAACUUACAAAAGAGAUUGCAAGAAUUUGUUAGAGAGCGUUGCUGGAGAAAAUCCAUUUGAAGGAGAUGAAGAGACUGCUAAUAAUUACACAGAAGCAAUUUUCAGCAUUUCUAUCAAAGCAAAAGUUCUUAAAACGUACAUGGAUCUUAUUGAAUCGAGCAUCAAUGAAGAGUGCCCGGUUAAUGGACACAUUCAGCUCUUCUGCAAUGAGAUCAACAAUCUCAGUCAUCUUUACGAAGUCUUCUUCCGUAAAUCAAUUGUCAGCGUAGACACUCGUGUUGAGGAAAGGAAAGAAAUUGCACGAGCUGCUUAUAGAGAUAUCAAGAAUCUCACUAUCAUCAUUUACCUGAACAAAGAAAGAUCAAAGACACUUCUCCAAAGUGUCAUGAUGCACACUGAAUUUCAAACUCACCAGGCCGAGAAGCUCGUUGAGCACUACGAAGCAACUUUCAGUCCAAUUCUUAAGGAAGUUCUUCCGGAUCCAAAUGCUCCACGGAUUCAUAGAACUCCAACUCGUGCACAGAUAAUUGCAUUCUGGGAGGAAGUCAGAAGAGAAAAGGAAUCUGGAACUUUGGGAACACCUUUUUGA